AUGACAACCACGCCUCAAAGCUACGCUACCUUCUCUAUAGAAUCAGGAUGUCUUUGCUUCGGCGAACUACACAACAUAUGGCUCGGCAGCUCGGUGCCUAUCCAAAGGUUCCCUAGCACUCAGCCUGACUGGUCUGGAACCGUGAAAGUACAUCAUUUGAAAUUCAACAUUCCGGCGCAAAAUGGCAGAUGGAAAGCGUUCCAACUGGUAGAUAUUGAGACCAAAAUAGUUUCGGGCUGGUUUCUAUCACACUCCAACGUCGAUCCUAGCGAGGAGAUUGGGCGGAUCCUCCGCGUUUCCGGUUCUCCUUACGAGCCCGACUCUGGGAAUACCUUGAACGAUGACAAGACCAGUGCUGCGGGUGUGCUGACUAUCAAUCGGUAUGACUGGGGCUAUCACGAUGCUCGCAGACGGGAUGAGAUCAAUGACCAGUUGGACGGGCCAGAUCUGGAGCAUAAAAGAGCGGAUGUCGAGCCUUCUGAGUCGGUUGGGGUUGUGGACUACACACAAGCGAAGAACCAAGUUGCAGCUUGGAGGGCACAAUCGCCGGAUAGACGGCGCGGAUGUGCCGCUGGAGUGUGGAUGCGAAUCCCAGUGGCAGAGUACAAGUUCGGCCGAUUUGGUUUCAACAGGGACCGUGCUGCUCACUCCUUUCUUUUCUUCUCCGGCGGCACUGAUUUCACUCAGACAUCGUUUGCUGGGCACAGUCACCCUCUACGGAAACCAGAGACACAUGUCGACCGAUUUGAGCGGCAGCUUCGGGAGGGCUUCGACUUCUCGGGGCUACAGUUACUGCAUAUGCAUUCAGCGCCUCCGGACGAUGCCGACAUGAUUUCUCUUUGCCCACCACCCCCACCAGAGUCAGCUUGCCUUGGACCAUAUCCUCUGGGAGAGCAUGUCUUUCGAGCUCAGGAACUUGAGGCUUUACGACUUCACCCAUUUAUGCCGCAUGUGCCUCCGGAUAUAGCCACCAGCGGCGGCGUCCCUCUCGAAACCAGCUCGCAGCAAAAUCAAAAUCUUGCAGUUUUGGUCGACCCAUGGAAGGGUCACGUAGUAGACCUGGUCAAUGAACUUAUCCUAAGCUAUCUGGAGCGGGUUGUUCUUCCCUCUUUAUCGUUCAGGACGCCUUCGCGGAUCGCCGACGCUCUAUUCGGAAAGCCCACGGCGGGAAAGUUACUGAAUGUCUAUGGCCACUGCUGCUUAACACAAGCCCAUACGGCGCCAGUCCCUACCUUCGAUGCGGACUACGUGAGUCGUAAGAUCCAGCAUUUUCUGGAGUCUCGGGUCGCAGGUCAGCCAGUGAUCAUUGAAGCGGAGUCUCUCGGUGGAAUUUCUCGACUCCUCACAUACCUGAUCUCGGAGGUCCUCGAGGUGUCCAGCAAUGCCGCAAUUUGUAGCCAGCGUUAUGGCAUCGUGCCCGCUGACGUCCGGAUCAGUGUCUACGGCGACCAAGAACUGUACGAUGUCUUCCAAUAUUCCACUGUCCUGUGGAACGGGCGAGAGGAAGCUCCGUCUCAUUCUGCCCAGACAUGA